CAUCGGCUGCCAGCUGCCCGUGAAACCUGAGACCAGAGGCUGAGGUCUGUCAGUCCAGACCCGGACGGCUGCACACACAGACGCAGACAUGAGACAAGCAAACACACUCAGUCUGUCUCUGCCCCAGUGAACUCUGCAAACUCUGGUACUUACUCAGAGGAUGCCACCGGACUCCAGAGCUGUAAAUAAGGCGGUAGGACAAUAGCCCCCGCCCCACCCCCACCUUUUCUGCACCCCUUGGGACUCCGUCGGUGCAGGCGGUCUCAACUGACAGAAGGGGACAAAACUUUUCACUGAAGAGACAGCUGAUUUUAGAUCUACUUCCUCUCCGGACUAUUCUCGCAGCUGCAGAGUUCAUGGCUGUGGAUUGUUGUGGUGUGUGAGCAGCUCUCCCCUCUUGUCUCUCGUUCCCACCUCUGCUCCGGUCCACUCUCAUCGUCAAUCCCACGGAAAAUCCAUCAGUCUAAUAAUGGAUGAUCAGGUUGGCUCCUUGGACAGAACCCAAUCUGCGAAAUCCAGGCAAAAUGUCAUUAAAUGUGGAUGGCUGAGGAAGCAAGGGGGCUUUGUUAAGACUUGGCACACCCGAUGGUUCGUGCUGAAGGGGGACCAGCUACACUACUAUAAGGAUGAAGAUGAAAGUAGACCGCUGGGAACUAUUUUCUUGCCUGGAAAUAAUGUCACCGAACAUUCAUAUAAUGGAGAUGAGUCAAGGAAAUUCCUUUUUGAAAUCGUUCCAGGUGGAGAUCGCGAUCGGAUGACCACCAAUCAUGAAACGUACCUCCUCAUGGCUAGUGCACAGAAUGACAUGGAAGACUGGGUGAAGACCAUUCGCAGAGUGAUCUGGGCGCCUUUUGGUGGAGGUAUCUUUGGCCAGCGGCUUGAGGAGACUGUCCGAUAUGAACGACGGUAUGGCAUGCGCUUGGCCCCGACACUUGUGGAGCAGUGCGCGGACUUCAUCCGUCAGCGAGGACUGAAGGAAGAAGGUCUUUUCCGGCUACCUGGUCAGGCUAAUCUAGUGAAGGAGUUGCAAGAAGCCUUUGACUGUGGUGAGAAGCCAUUGUUUGACAGCAAUACAGAUGUGCACACUGUGGCGUCAUUGCUCAAGCUGUAUCUGCGGGAGCUGCCAGAGCCUGUCAUCCCCUAUGCUAAGUAUGAUGAGUUCCUCUUGUGUGCCAAACUCCUCACCAAAGAACAAGAGACUGGGAUGAAGGAGCUCAUCAAACAGGUGAAGACCCUCCCUCCUGUGAACUUCAACUUACUCAAGUAUAUCUGCAGGUUCUUGGAUGAGGUCCAGUCUUACUCAGAUGUAAACAAAAUGAGUGUUCAGAACCUGGGAACAGUGUUCGGGCCAAACAUAUUGCGUCCAAAGGUUGAAGAUCCAGUUACAAUUAUGGAAGGUACAAUCCUCGUUCAACAGUUAAUGUCGGUAUUCAUAAGUGAACACAAGAAUUUAUUUCCCAAAGAUGGAGAGGAGAUUCAAGGCAGGCAGGAUGGCUGCAACAAUAACAAUGAAGUGCCAAAGAAGUCCUUGGCAGGGUUCUCUCCGCCUGUCAACAAGGAGAAUAAGAAGCCGUUUUCCGAGCCCGUUCGUCAGUGCUCCUGGGAUAACUCAGAGUCGCCAAAAAAAGGUAGCAGUGAGAAUGGAGGCUCUCCUACCACACUGAAUGGAGGAAACAAGUUGAGCAGCAGUCCCAGGAGCAGCCUCGGCAAAGUGGAUGUCAACAGAAGUCCACCGAUCACAGUGAAGAAGAACCCUGCUUAUUCUAAAGGGAGUGGCAUUGUCACCAAUGGUUCCUUCAGCAGCCCCGUGGAAACACAGGAGAAAAUCCAGGCAUUGCCAAACGGGAGCCUGCAGGCCAGGAGGAACUCCUCAUUGAAGGGGAUGGGGACCAAGCUGGGGACCGGCAGCAUGCAGAACGGGGGAGUGAGAAUGGGGGUUUCCAGUGCAGACGUGCUGAAUUCCUCUCUGAACAAUCGAGUUGCGGGCUGGCUGCCCAAUGGGUACGUCACACUGAGGGACAGCAAGGCCAAGGAUGCGGUUAACAGUGAAUCCAUGCAGCACCACAGACUCUCCACCUACGAUAACGUCCAGCUGCAGUUCUCAGCUUCCAACUCAGACGACAAGCAGAGCGUGGACAGUGCCACCUGGUCCACCUCCUCCUGCGAGAUACCCCUGAUGGAGCGCUCCACCUCCUGCCGCUCCUCCACCACCACCUGCCCGGACCAGGACAGUUACGAAGACCCGGCUCUGGAGGGCCCAGUCCACGAAACCUCUUUCCGGACUGACUCAGAGAACAAGUACGAGCGGAGUGGUGCGGGUGGCUGCAGCAGUCGGGCCACAAGCAGUAGCGACAACAGUGACACCUUCGUCUCCAAUGCUUCCACCGGCAACCACAGCGCUUUGCACAGUCUCGUCGCCAGUCUGAAACAAGAGGUUACAAAGCAGAAGAUCGAGUAUGAAGCACGAAUUAAAAGCUUGGAGCAGCGAAACCUUGAGCUGGAGUCUGAGGUAAUGACCCUUCAUGAGGAACUGGACCAGGAAAGGAAGAAGUAUACCAUGGUAGAAAUAAAGAUGAGGAACACAGAGCGUGCACGGGAGGAUGCCGAGAAACGCAAUGAAAUGUUGCAAAAAGAGAUGGAGCAGUUUUUCUCAACCUUUGGUGACCUAACUGUGGAAACACGAAGGUCUGAUCGAAGUAAUACCAUAUGGAUACAGUAAAAAUCCAAAGAUCAGAACAGAAGUUGGGGAAGAGAAGAUCAGGUGACUGGUCACCUGAAUAGAGUUACACUCAAUGACAUUCAAAACCUUGAAGGAUAAAAUGCAUCUCAACUGAACUUGCCAGUAUUUUGAUUGUGUACUUACCACCUUGUUAUAACCUGUAAGCUCCAUGUAAUUAUGUUACUGUUAAAUGUUACAGCUGGUUGUGUAUAUAGCUUAAAUGAAAAAAAAUAUCAGUGGCAUCUAUAUAUCUCAAAGAGAAAAAGAAAUCUUUUAACAAAAGCCUUGUAUUUAAACUGCUAAAGUUAAUAUUGUUGUGUUGCAAUUUAGCUUUUUAUUGAGGCUUUUUAACUUGCACUUAACAUAAGCUAUUUUUUAGCAUUGUGGUACAGUUGACCUGUUUUGUAAUUCAUUCUUUUGUUCCCCUAUCUUUCUGGGGCAAGAAAACUUCGAAGAAUUUAAAGGUUAUGAAAUGGGCAAUGGAAUAUGUAAAGUUAAAUAUUGAAUAGAGUGGCGAUGCUUCAUGUGCCAUUUCAUUUGUUCUUGACCAAAAACAAAGUGUACAUACUUUAUAAAAAUAUAACAGAUAAAUUACCUAAAUCUUUCCAGUGGCUGUACUGCUUUAUAACAGUAUGUAACCUGAUGUACUGUAGUUAAAUUUGUCUUCCUUAAACAUAUCAAGCUUCUAUUUUUACACCACUCCUAUCCAUACUUAAUGCCAGUUCAUGAAAAUGUAAUUAAUGGGGAAAUCCCUACAAAAAAGUUGAAUUGGUCAACUACCAAAGGUUUUCUUUCAGAGUAGAAAGAUCUGAUAAAUGGUACCAUUUUAUUUUAGGCUGAGUGUCUAUUUUAAAAGGUUCCUUCAUAUCUCACUUCAAUAUAAGCUCUUGUGUGAUGUUGAUUAUAGUUAAGUAAAUACCAGAUGGAUGGGUCGAGAGGCAUAACUGAAGCUUAAUGUCAAGUAGACU